AUGACAGAAUUUACUCUUUUGGGAUUUUCUGAUUACCCCAAUCUUCAAAUUUUUCUUUUUGUAAUAUUCUUCUUUGUCUAUGUGAUAAUUCUGAUGGAAAAUGGCAUUAUUGUUUUCAUAACCAAGGUUGACCAGACCCUCCAGACUCCCAUGUAUUUUUUCCUUAGUAAUUUUUCCUUCUUGGAAAUCUGUUUUGUAUCUGCCACUCUCCCCAGAAUGCUCACAAAUCUUUGGACUCAGAAAAGAAAUCUCUUUGCCUGCACAACACAAAUGGGUUUUGUGCUUAUGCUUGGAAACAUAGAGUGCCUCCUUCUGACUGUGAUGGCCUAUGACCGCUACAUGGCCAUUUGUAGCCCUCUGCACUACCCUCUAGUCAUGAACCACAAGGUCUGUGUCCAGCUGGUGGCAGCCUGCUGGAUCACUGGAGUUCCUGUCGAGAUAGGGCAGACAUGCCAGAUUUUCUCUCUGCCAUUUUGUGUGUCUAACCAAAUCAAUCACUUCUUCUGUGACAUCCCCCCACUACUCAAGCUGGCCUGUGGGGACACUUUCCUGAUUGAGAUGUUAGUCUUUACAGUCGCUGUGCUUUUUGUUAUGAUCCCUUUUCUGUUGAUACUUGGAUCCUACAGUAAAAUAAUCUCUACCAUCCUGAGGUUGCCAUCAGCAACAGGACGAAUCAAAGCUUUCUCCACCUGCUCAUCUCAUGUCAUAGUUGUGGCCAUGUUCUUUGGAUCUGCAAUUAUUACAUAUUUACAACCCAAAUCUAAACAUCCUUCCAGAACAGACAAGUUUCUCUCUCUUUUCUAUACCAUAGUCACCCCAAUGUUUAAUCCCAUGAUAUACACUCUGAGAAAUAAGGAUGCCAUGAUAGCCUUAAGAAAAUUGUUGCCUUGA